AUGGGAGCAGGAAGAAGCCCGCCAGUGGUCAGAAAGGUCAAGUUAAGGUUACCACACUUUCCACAGUCUGUGGGAGGGAAUGGGGCAUUAGCUAGUAAUGGUGGUCAAAACUCUAUGGGCCACAACCCAACGCCAACACCGCCAGCUCCAACGGUGGGAAACAGAGGCGGUGGAGGCGGUGGUCGGGGAAGUAUGAUGGGUCAGAAUAGACUAGCAAUGGGAAAUGGUCCAAAUGGAGUUGGUAGCGGAAAUGUGAUGGGUCGGAAUGGAGUCAAUGGACCACCAACGGGAAAUCCAGAUGGUGGAGGAAGUGGUAUGGGCAGUUUUGGACCGCCAAUGAGAAUCCCAAGCCGUGGUGGUAGAGGCGGUAGCAGAGGCGGUAGCAGAGGCGGUGGUAGAGGGGGUGGUAUAUUGGCUAGAGGAGGAGGUUCUCGUCGCGUGUAG